CGGCCCUGCCGCCCGCCCGGAUCGAGGUGAGCGCGGCUGCCCGCGGCCUUAUGGCGGCCGCGAGGAGCGGGGCGCGGAGGGAGCGGCUCCGGGAGCCGCCUCAGGAGCGGGGGGGGCCCGAGGAACCUCCCCGGCUCCCCCCUGCUGGGUCUCCGGGGCUUGGCGGUGAGGGAGUGAGGCGUCGGCACGGCCGCGCUCAGGUGGCAGGAAGCUGAAUUAAGUUAGCCCGUGUUUCCCCAAAAAUUAUCCAGCAUGUCUUCGCUAACAGAAAAGGACAAACCAAUUGUUCAGCUAUUACUGAACACUGGCACUUGCCCACGAUGUAUUUUCAGGUUCUGCCGUGUGGGAUCACAGACACUUUAUAGACAUCCAUACAAGGAUUUGAUGAAGGAUCUGACAGAAUUCCUAAAAAAUAAUCAACAACAAGAAGAUGCAGCUGGUUUUGGCAUAGUUGAUCCACCAUGUAAGCGAAUCAGACUUGAACACACAGAAGAGGUGCCUGAUGAUCUGAACCAGAAUGGAGUGCUCAAGCACGUUCCUUUGGUUAAUGAUGACAGUGCUGCUGUGGAGAACUCGACUGUGGAGGUUUGCAAUGUGUGUUUGGGAAUUCUUCAGGAGUUCUGCGAGGCAGACUUUGUCAAAAGGGUGUGUGAAAAGGUUAAAUCUGCUGACUAUCAGUUCACCAGUUUUGUAUUUUCUGUGUCACUACCCCCACAGCUGUCUGUUAGGGAGCGUGCUGCUUGGCUGCUGGUAAAACAGGAAAUGGGAAAACUGGGCCUUUCCUUGGCAAAGGAUGACAUCGUUCAACUGAAAGAAGCUUACAAGUGGAUUAUUCAUCCCCAGUUGUCGGAGGAGUUGGGUGUUCCCGCUGAUGGAAAGAGUUUGUUUGAAGUUAGCGUGGUCUUUGCUCACCCAGAAACAGAUGAGGAGUGCCGUUUCCUAGCCACAGCCUGUCCGGAUUGUUUCAAGCCAGCAAAAAACAAACAGUCUGUUUUCACUAGAAUGGCAGUUAUGAAAGCCUUAGAGAAGAUAAAAGAAGAGGAUUUUCUCAAGCAUUUUCCGUGUCCCCCGUGUUCACCAAAGAACCUCUGCGUUGCACUGGAAAUUCAGUGCAAUAAUGGUGCAGUUUUUGUGGCUGGAAGGUACAAUAAAUAUUCAAGGAAUUUACCUCAGACUCCCUGGAUUAUUGAUGGGGAGCGAAAGCUGGAGUCUUCAGUGGAAGAACUGAUUUCGGAGCAUCUAAUGGCAGAAUUCAAAGCAGACAGCUUUAAUUUUUCCUCCUCUGGAAGAGAAGAUGUGGAUGUACGAACACUAGGCAAUGGAAGGCCCUUCGCCAUUGAGCUUGUGAAUCCUCGUAGAAUACAUUUUACUGCUGAGGAAAUGAAGGAACUUCAGCAGACAAUUAAUAACUCGUCAGACAAAAUACGGGUUCGAGAUUUACAGCUUGUCACCAGAGAGGCAAUUGGUCGUAUGAAGGAAGGUGAAGAGGAAAAAACAAAGACCUAUAGUGCCUUAGUAUGGACAGACAAAGCAAUACAGAAAGAAGAUAUUGCAUUUCUAGAUGAUAUCAAGGAAUUAAAACUUGACCAGAAGACACCUCUCCGGGUUCUUCACAGAAGGCCUCUGGCCGUACGAUGUCGGAUCAUUCACACCAUGAAGUCUGAGUACAUAGAUGAGCAUCACUUUCGCCUGCAUCUGAAGACUCAAGCAGGAACCUACAUUAAAGAAUUUGUGCACGGAGACUUUGGAAGAACAAAACCAAAUAUUGGUUCCCUACUGAACAGAACCGCUGACAUUCUGGAGUUGGAUGUAGAAUCUGUUGAUGUUGACUGGCCUCCAGCCCUGGAUAAUUAGCUCUUCAAGUUGGAAUGAGGAAAAAACAGCUCCUCUGUCAUCAGCUGGUUACUGAACACCGUAUGGUAUUACAGCUCGGUUGCAAAGUGUUUUUGUUAAACGUUUGGAUCAUGUUGAUCUGCCAAAGGAUAUUGUUAGUUUGAAUCAACUUCAAACAUUCUGGAACAGGUAGUGUUCAUUUAAUAUCUAGCCCUAUUUUAAUUCCUUCUGUGCAUACAAUUUUGGUAAGCUAAUGUAUUGAAAACAAACCUUUUUUAAAAAAAAUCCCUUAAGAAAAACAAAUGGUAUACUGCCUGCAAACGGCGUGCUAAGCGAGUACAUUAUGUGUGUUUUAUGCUGUACUGUUUAGAAUGUUUUAAUUAAAAAUCACCCUCCCUACAGCCAGAUUUAUUUUUUAUUUUUUUUUACUGUUUUUAUAUUGGAUGUAGCUUUCUUGUCUGGAUGCAGGUAGCACUGAAUUGCCUGAAGUGCAGUCCUAGCGUUUUCCGAGCCCUGUUCACGUAGGACUGUUUCACAAGAUGAGACUCUGAAAGCAGUAGGGUAGUGCCUGGAACGAGGUGAUAUUCUGCCCUGUGCUGGCUGCUUUUUGAUCAAUGUCAGCUUCAGAGACAGACAUAUUUGCCUCUCGGAGUGCUUUUCAAAGGGAAAAACAGUUUGCAGAUAAAAACUUUGCACUUAAAAACUGUUUUUCUCAUUGUAAAACAUCAGCGAUGCUUCCUAGAAACUACACUCUGAGGUAGUUGUGGCCUCAGCAGCUCUGGCCUGGUUACAGUCUUCACGCACAGGAUUUCCCCGUGAGUCACCAAAAGAUAGGGAAUUCCUGGCAAUGCGUGAUGGAAUUCUAGCGAAAAAUAGGGAUACCAGGAACCCCAAAGUGCAAAUAAAUAUAGAACAUUCUGAAGAAUGUUGGUGUUAAAAGACCAAGACAGAGAUAAAAUGCCUUGUUUUGCAGUACGGUCGCAGUGUAUUGCAUUUUUUCUAGUACCUAGCCUUGGAUGGGUACCUGGAUGUUAAUUCAGUGAGGAAGAUGUUUCUGCUCACCUGAAGUACUGAAGAGUUACGCUGUCUUCAAGAAAUUAAGGUUUGGAAUUUAAGGGCUCUUCAUUAACGAACAUUUCAGAGAUUGAGGGUAAUGAUUUUCCAGGAAAAAACAGUUUAGGGACAGGGAAGAUUACUGAGAUGUGUUACCUUGAAGUCAGCGGUGCCAGGACUUCCCAGCAGAGCAGAUGCAUGGUAACUUUAGUUGAAGGCUCAGAAAGGCACUAAUGCAUACAUUCUAAUGGAGUGCCUAAAAACUUAUCUUGAAAAAUUAGUCUAAAUGUUGUAUACUCUGUGAUGGGCUGUCAGAACUUGACUGUCAUCAUUUGUUUUUCUAGUCCACUGUGACACGAGUAUAGCUGCAGUUCAGAAGCUCCUGUUUUUCCAAUACAAAACAGUAGGAACCUGAUACAGACAGCAAGAUUUCUUUGUUUUUAAUCUGAAAGCUGUUAUGAGCAACAGAUUCUAGGAGUAGUUGCCUCAGAUAGCAAUCAGUACCCAGAAAGGAAGUGUCGUGAAAGAUGGAAAACUUAAGAAACUGAAUUCAGAAAACAAACAGAAGAGAAUUUCAGUCUCAUAUCUAUGUGAUUUCUUGACAGAAACUCAGAGUGAGCUAAAAUGUGAUUUAUAAAUUCCAUAAACUAGAGGGGAAAAAUGUAAGCAAGGCUGCACUAUGGGCACAACAGACAUUAGAAGAGCUGGCCCAGGGGGGAAAUAGAACGAGGCAGCAGCAGGAAGGACUCCUACUCCGGUCAUAGUUCAGACACUUAAGGUGCACUCAGGUUCAGCUUCCUGCAAUAUGCUCUGCAUUGUCAUGGUGACAGGGGACACUGUUAAGAAUCAGAAUGCAGGGAAAUGAGGCUCUAAAGACUAUACUAAAGGCACUGAGUCUAAUCUUCUCCAUACAAUGGUGCGAGGUCCACCAAAAAUCUUUAGAUGGCUUUUUAUGAUAAAUGAAAUACACCAGAGGAAGGAAAAAGAAAAAAAAAAGUUGAUGAUGCAAAUGUCUGUACAGCUGUUUAGCUAGUCAUUUACUGUUCGGUUAUCACGUGGCUGUAUGAAAAUGAGCUGUAAUCCAGUCUUUGAACUUUGCUUAAAGUCUGCAGUUUCUAAUAUGAUAAACAUUUUGAACUAGCAUAAUCCGUAAGGAAUUUUGCGACAAUAGUGUUAAUGUUCUACUUUGGCCUUCAUCUUGUUUUUAAAAGUAAACCGCCUACGUGUGGAUACUCAGGAUGUUUUGUGAGAAUAA